CAUUGCUGACCUUAACACUAACUGAGUGUACAAAGCGCCCUUGCGCGCUUCUUGCAUUAGUGGUUCACGUGCAAAUGCUAGCAUCGCGCGUGCACGCAACUAGCUUCGCAUUCAAAGCUCGGUCGCCUCUUCAAUACCGGCAACGUGUUAGCAAAAUGGUUUGCAGUGCGUCGGCGCCUGCUUCUCUACAGCCGGCAACAAUGUCGUGGCACGGGCCCGCAACCUGCAAGCCCACAUCCAUGGUGCAGGCAUUCACCAUCGUCGGCGGAGGGCGCAUCGGCCAGGCAAUCGCCAACAUGGGCCCUGGAAACGACGUGGUGGUUGGUCGGGGUGAGGCGGUGCGAGGGCCGCCGGGACCCAUCCUCGUGUGCACCCGCAACGAUGACCUGCAGGCAGUGGUGGACAUGACACCACCCGAGCGCCGCAAAGACCUGGUGUUCCUGCAGAACGGCAUGCUGGAGCCCUGGCUGAGCGGGCGGGGGCUGCAGGACAACACGCAGGUCCUCGUAUACUUUGCGGUCGCCAAGAAGGGUGACACGCCCAUCGACGGCAAGACGGAUGUCAACCCGGAGGGGCUGACCGCAGCAUGGGGUCCGCAUGCCGAGGCGGUGGCUGAGCGGCUGCACGCGGGGGGGCUGAGCUGCAAGGUGCUGGGUCGUGAUGUGUUCCGCCUGGCCAUGUUGGAGAAGCUGGUGUGGAUCAGCGCCUUCAUGCUGAUGGGUGUACGGCACGGCGGCAUCAGCGUGGGCCAGGUGGAGCAGCAGUACGGCAGUACGGAGAUCUCGGAUCUGGUUUCGGAGCUGUGUACGGCAGGGGCUGCGGAGCUUGGGGUGCAGCUGGCGGGCGGGGAGGUGGAGAGGCUGAGGGCGUAUGCUCGCAGCGUGGCGCACUACCCCACCGCGAUUAAGGAGUUUCCCUGGCGCAACGGCUGGUUCUACGGACUCACGGCGAGGGCGCUGGCGGAGGGGCGGCCCGACCCCUGCCCCCACCACACCGCCCUGCUCAGGGAGGUGGGAGCCGUGUGACAUGUGAAGGAAUCGGGAGCCGAGGAGGGUGCGUGGGAGGUGUGAGCUGUGUAGUUGAGUAGGACAAGAGCAAGCAGUUGGGAUAGGUUUGCAUGUGAACCGCGAGUACAGGCAAAACCGCGAGGGAAAACAGAGGUGAACAAACCUGAAACGUAACUCAAAAACUGGUUAAACCGCUGGUGCUGGAUGUAAGAAGAGUGGCGGGUUGACGACGCAUGUCGGUGAUGCUGAUGGUGUCGGGAAAAACUAAUUACUGCUGAGUACCUAAGGCCGCUGACCAACUCGACGCCGGGAGCCCCCGCUCUGGUCACGCAGACAUGAAGUGGCGCGGUGGCGAGGGAAGCCAACGACUGCAGGUGUGAGACAAGCGUGUACUGAGAGUGUACAGAGACCGUUAGUAGACUUGCAUGAGCUGUUUCCUGGACUUUUGGUUUCUGCUUUCAAGCUGAAUUCACGUAGAUGUGGAGGCACAGGUUUGGGUGGCGGGGCAGCCUAGGUAUGCCUCAACAAUCGUGUUCACCUGCAGCGUUUCGCCGUUGUCCGUACGGCACCAAUGUUACCACUGGCCCGGU